AUGAACCAAUGGUCGGUUCCCCUCAAUACAAGGCAAGUCCCGGUGUUUUCUGCUCGUGCUGGCAGCAUCCGCAUAGCCGAAGCCAGUCUUAUUGGAAGCUUCCCAUACAUUGAGGACUAUUGGUUUUCUCCAAGGCUGCUUCGCCCCUUACACGCCGAAUACGCGCCGGCGUCCGGUGCAGAGUCGGAUGGCGGCCCAGGUUCGAUUCUCAGCCUUCGUGACCAGAGAUCGAAAUUAGGGUUGAGGUCGCACAGGAGGCAACAACGAAUCGCGCCAAGGGGAGCAGCAACGCGCCUAUCUUCCGGACUUGGAGUAUCGAUUCUCGAGGUCUACCUGGAAUUUGGAAGCAUAAGGUCAAAGGACCGAAGGCACUAUGACCCCAGCCAGCUGGUCAUGUGCUACCUACGGAAGAAGCGUCAACAAGAAACAUUCCCCGACUUUUGGUUCCGGUUCGCAGUGAGGUCCCGACGCGAGACGGGAGCCGUGUUGGCUAAG